AUGGCGUUCGGUGAUGAGAGGAAGCGCCCUGCCGCUCUGAACCUCACACCAGCUCGUUCAGGUUCCACAGACUCGACGUCGACAUCGUCCUCGCUCAAGAACCCAAGGACACCAAGAUUCGCCGAGGCCACAUCUAUUCACUCACCUGUUGAAGACAAGUCGAGGAAACCAUUCGACGAUGAGAGGUCAUUCCAGGCCCAAUCACAGCCCGGUGAUAUCGGCUUCGGGUAUAUCAACGACUCUUCGAGCAAUAGGGAGUCUGUUACGAUGCCCAUGACGCCGAGGUCACCGCUUAAGAGUGCCAUGAGGGUGCCAGGGACCCCAGCACGGAAGUUCGACAACCCUCUCAGCCCGACCUUCAGGGAGGAGCAAGUACUGGAGAAGAGGGAGGCCUCGACCGACAUUGAGCAGGCCAAGGACUUGAAAGUGAAAACAAGAGUACGAAUGGCCAAGUUUGCGCUGCGCGGCGUGAACUUCAGCUGCAGUCUCAUCAUUCUGGCCAUGAUGUCAACAACUUUCACCAUCUUCAAUGCCACCAAAUCACUUCCGACUCGGGACGGCAAGCCUGCAUGGUCGACGACUACCGAAAUAUGGCCCCAGAUUCUGGUUCUCACCGUUGCCUCGAUAUCGCUUCUCAUCUGCGUUUGCAUCUUCUGGGCGUACUGCCGUGGAGGUCAUGCACGAGCCGAAAAGGUUGGCGUCUACUAUACGCUCUUUGCCGUCGGAUGGUUUAUCUUCAGCAUGGUCAUGUGGGCAAUCGCAGCCGGUAUCUUUCAGCACAAACGUAACAGCAGUGGCAACCAGGACAUGUGGGGAUGGUCAUGUGUUCAGAACCAUCGAGCGGAUCUGUUUGAUGAGAAGGUCGACUAUGCGUUGCUUUGCCGUCUUCAGAACUGGACCAUGGUUUGCAUCAUAAUCGAAAUAGUCGUCGAAGUCAUUGCCAUCACUCUUUACAGCAUCGUCUUCUACCGCUACUACUCCAAGCGAAAGCUUCACAAGUCUAUGGACCUGCGCGACAAGGCCAGGUCUGACCUGUACCUCGCCCAGCUCCGAAGCCAGUCGGCACCCAACACCCCUGGGUUUGGUCCCAAGUCGCCUGCAUUCUCUCAGUACGCCAUGUCACCAAGAUUCCCACCUCAGGCAUAUGGUUCGCUGGGCGACAUCCAAGAGACGUCUCCCUUUACACCGGGCGGUAGGCCUGCACCCAUUGCCGAGCCCCAGUCGUCUUUCGCUGCUAGCAACUCACCAACCCAGCCGUUCAAGCUGCAAGCGCCACCGCUUAAGGCUCCUUCGGCUACGCCAAAGGCACACCAAAGUGGUUUUGAGUCGCCAUUGACUGCCUCCAAGAACAACUUUACUUUUACCCCCUCAGCAUCAGCAUCAGCAUCAGCAUCAGCAUCGGCAGCACCUGAUGUUGAUUCGGAUGAGCCGCGCUAUGAUGCAGUGCCCAUCCCAGGGGCCUACUCUGACCAGGCUGUGAAGAGCCCACCGCCCACAAGGACAGCAUUCUAA